GGGGGGAGGGGAACUUGCGGUUGAGACAGGUGAGUUUGUCCAUGCCGGUAGCUGCCGGCAGUGGCGUGACUUUUUAUCUGGACGUUGCUUACAUUGCGAAAAUAAUGAAUCGUGUUCCCGCAUUGUACGAAAUGGGAAAAAAAAAGGAGAAAAAUUGAUAGUAAUACUAAUAAUAAUAACGAAAGGCGAUGAAAUCAAGGUAGAGUAAGCACGUGAUUUCUAUCCCAUUGGGAGUGACGGAGAUCGUGCGGUGUCACCGAGACGUCUAUUUGUUCUCAUUGAACAAAUUAUUGACAGUACACUCAGAAUGCGUGAAUAUGACUUGAUAACGAAUCGUUGAGCAAACAUGCCACACGUGGUCCCAGCAUUUUUCGUUCCCGUGUAUUCGACGGCAGUUCGAAUGGUCUUAUUUGUCAGAGAUCUGUGCAGACGAGAAAGCAGGUCCCAUCGACCCUUGACAGGUACACCUCUCCGCCGGGUUAUUAAACUUCGUAUAGAUUGAAGUUAUUUAUUUAAACUAUACGUAACCACGUCACCUUCCGUAUAUUGGCGUCCAAUAAAUGGGCAUAUAGUGAUCGAUUGACUUCGACAGACUCGCUCGUUCCAUUUUUUUAUCCAUAUGGUUAUCCAGCCGUGACCACGAGGAACAGGUGGAUUCGCUCGACGAAAAUCACCCAUUCGGCGAAGGCUGUGAAAAGGCGAUAUGAGUUCGGAAAAAUCUUCGCCACCGGUCUGUCGGUAAAAAGCAGCUGAAACAUCUUCCAUUUUUCUAAUCAGAAGGGAAUAAGUUUCGCGUAUCACCGCCUCGUGAGUCGGACUGGAAUUGCAGAAUAGUUUCCAUCCCGUUUCGAUCCCAAUCGCGAGCUAAUUGUUUCACCUCUCCGUACGAAAAAUCUGUAACACCUAGUCGCAGGUUUCUAUAGCAAUCCUAUAAGGUAUUAUCAGCUGAUUACCGUAGAUGCGACAUAUGGCCAGCGUUAGCUUUAUUAGAUUAUCGUUGACUUUCAGUUAUUCUCAUCCUGAUAUCGUCAGUGAUCGUCCGCCGAGAGUGAAACUGUGUCAAUUUUGGAGAAGCGAAAAAAAAAAAUAAGUUGUUACGAUCAACGUUAAAUCGAGACGUCAAGAUACCGUGAGGACCCGUUACGAUGUCAUCGGAGUAUUCUUUCUGCAGCGAGGGAGGUUUCGACGAACUUUCCAGUUCCUCCGAUUCCGGAUUCGACGUGAGCUUCGAGUCACCGAAACACGAAUCUCCCUCGGACGGUCUCUUCCCCUCAGUGAAGGAAGAAAAACGCAAAAAGUCUCGUGGCACGCGCUGCAAAAGUCCGACUCAGGUUUUGCGGCUGAAGAGAAACCGUCGUAUAAAAGCGAACGACCGCGAACGACAUCGCAUGCACACCCUCAACGACGCCCUGGAACGUCUUCGACUGGCCCUCCCGACGUUCCCGGAGGACACGAAGUUGACGAAAAUCGAGACCCUGCGUUUCGCUCACAACUAUAUAUGGGCGCUUUCGCAGACAUUGGGGAACUCCGACUCCGGCGAGAUCACCCUAAACGUUGGCAACGUGACGGUCAGCAUAGGCGAGAACGGAAAUAUGAUAACUUCUUCGACGGGUAGCUGCGCCGUAGCCGCCCAAAAGCGUCUUGGACCGGCACACUCGGCAUUUCCGUACCCCCAGGAAAGAUUUAUGCCCGAAUGGCAGGAGUACGACUGUUACAGCGAUCAAAGUAUCAGUCCACCUGUUCAGUACCAACCGUGUUACGAGCAACGAAUUUACGGACAUCAUCAUUCCACGCACGUUCUACCGACACCCCAUCAUCACGCCAUGGGACACCUAAACAACAACAUGUACCAGUGCUUGUAAGAUGAUUGGACACCAUCGAACCGGAUCUUUCUUUCGCCAGUGAAUAUCGAAGAGAGUGUCGAAUGGUUCAAUGAUUCAUGCAAAUAUUUCGGAGGAGUCAAUGGCCGGUAUUUUAGCGUCGGCGAAUAAUCGCGCGUGUCGAGGUGAUCGGGAAAUACGCUGAACUGUUCGGUAAUCAGAAGAGGAGAUGAAAUAACGUGAUAUCUUGAGUGAGUUAAAUUCGGAGCUUUUCGCCAUUUGAUUUUAUAAAAACCAUUCGAAUGUGAAACGAAUGGCGGUUUAUAUCGCUCUUGUGGAGCGAUGUAAUUGUAAAAAAAGAAAAACGGAGAGAAAAAAAAAACGAAACAAAAAGAAAGAAAGUAAUAUUGCUAAAGAUUAUCGUUAUCUAUUUUAUAAGAGAAUUAUAAUAUUAUUUAAUUAACCAAUUAGUGGAAACGCACGAUCGCGUAUCUUGAAUAUUAUUUAGAAUUAUCAGUACCCUCGAAACUUUAGUUACCAAUUAUUUUGAACAGUUUUAGUUUUUAAUACGUACUAAUUAAGUUCCUCUCGGAUCUAGUCAUUAUUUUAAGUUGAUCUCACGUCCACGAUCUCAUUUUUGUUUUUUUCCUCAAUUGUAUUUUAUAUUAAUAAUUAAUUACAACUAUGAUAAAUAACAUGCCUCAACCAGUGCUCUUAUCCCACGAUGGAAUUUUCGACUGUAAUUCAGGGAAAUAUAUUGUACAGAAUUUAUUAUACUAUAACAAUAAAGUAAUAUUUUAUCUAUGAAAGCAAAAAUUGUUUCGUACGUUUCAUACUUUUUCCCCGGUCUGUUCGUCGAAGGAAAAAAAAAUCACGAAUCACGCCACGAGCAAUUAUGGCCAUCCUCGUCGUUUAUGAACAGAUUUUUCGAUCACUGCGAAGUCUGACCGCAAGUGCCAAAGAUAAUCCGACAAUUGAAAAUCAAAGUAUCAAUCUCGCGAUCCGGGACUAGAACUUCGCUGUGUCGGUACCCCGUACACUUUGCAGGAAUGAAUUCGCGUUGAAAAAUCACUCGGCACGUGCCGAGCCGCACGUGUCCUUUAUGGAGGAAUUAAGGGCACGAGGCAGAUGUAUCACAAAUUUCUAGCCAAUAUUACGUCUACAUCGUUAAUCCGAGGGAUUACAUUUCGAGACUAGAUUUUUGCUGUUUUUUACAGAGACGGCCGGACGAAUGAUUCUCAAAUUUAUACGACAAAAAGACUGGAGAUUCGUCGGCAUAUUUCAAUGGUUACGAAAGGGAAAAGUUUCGUGAUUCUGCCGGCGAAGCUCGGAUGAGUUUUGAAAAAAUAAGGGAGAUAUUUCCAUAACAAGGGAAUCCAGGGCGUUCCCUUUCCAUAGCAAAGGGACUGGUGGUUAGGAAAAUAAAUACAGAAAAUGUCAGCUACUCGAUCAAUGAUUCGAGAGGUGGUGUUUCGAAGAUCUAUCAAAACAGCACUCGAACAAGGUGCAAAUGAAAGGAUAAUAUUUUUCCCCAUACCGUUCGCGCAAAUCGUCCGUCAAUUUCCUCGAGAGUUUUGUUUUUCUCGAUCCACCGAAGUUAUGCGGACAAAUAUAUUUUUCCCUCCGACGCGCGAGUCUCGGGGAUCUUAUUUUUUCGAAUCAUCACACCCCGGCGCUCGACCGACGGACGAUAUUAGGUGGCUCGGCAAAAAUUUCACUCGGACAAAUCUAUUAGUCGAUCGCGUAAGUAUUCGUCACGCCGUUCGGAAUAUGAUCGGUAGCUCGGUACGAAGCUAAACACUGCGAGCCAAGGGCUAUUUGCAAACAACGCGCAAGCUGCAUCGAAUCCGUUAGCACGCUACCGUCAGUUUCCCCAAAUCUCACCAAUAAUGGUAAUGGUUCAAUAGAACCAUUAUACGACGUCGAUAUAUUACGAGCGAACGCGCGAAAACUGCGACAGACGGCCCAACGUCGUAUAAAGGUGUCUCCGCCCUAGGAUUUCCAGAUCUGUAGGGGGAACGACGUGAAAAUUUUUUCACCGAUUUUUGUCGAUGGAAAAAAAAAAACUUCACCUGCAACGAUUCCGAUCAACGCGGAGUUGAGAAUAUUCCGGUCGAUUAUUGGACCGCGAAAGUGAAAAGGUCACCUCAUCGCGUUCCGCGAAUUCCGGGACAAUUUUCCAUUUUCUUCGUCGGCUGGUUUCAAGAAGUACGGAGAUCGAGGAGGACCUUCGAACGAUCGCGAGCCCUUUCCGUCGAACUAGGUGUGCGUGUACCUAGACAUUCACUUGCGACACGCAGACCAACGCGCGCAAACGCAUUAUACGAGGGUGCUGGUGCGUACGGUGACAUACUGGUGGGUACACGUUAGGUACGCUUCUCCGGGUUUCUCCCCUUCGCACGAUAUUUCCUCCCGAUUCGAAACGAACGGGAAACCUCCAAUGGGGAGGCCGCGUUUACGCGGCGGCACUCAUCGGCUCAACGCGAGGGGGAUGUUUCCUAAUUCAGGGAAAUUCGAGAAAUUAUCCGGUCCGAUCGAUGAGCGGAUAAUCAAUGAUUAAUGACUCCGCUCAUCGUCAAGAUUGAUGAGCGCGUCUGACGUAUCACGCGUGAUUUUCUAUUACGGCUUUACGAAAAAUAUGCUGUACGUGUAACGGUAACGUUCACCUGUCCGAUGUUCGAGAUCGUCGGUCGAAGAAACGAUGGAAAAUAUUUUAAAACGCUCGGUCAGCCAAAAAUGAGAUCGUGUGUCAAAUUUUCUCCGAAAAUUUGCGGCGCAGCAAUUUUCUUUCCGUACAAAAAGUAUCGAGUGAAAGAAUAGGUGAAGCUGUACGAUAAUUCGCCCUUCUCCGCGGGGUCGCGUUCGAGAAAAGACUAACGCUACGCGGCGAUGGAACGGGAAGGAAAAAAAUUUAGGAAAUAAAACAAAAAUUGCCAAACGUAUCGCGGCGUCGUGUUUCAGCAUCUGUUAAGACCCGUAGGUUUCGUACACGCGGGCGCGGCAUAGAACAGCUUUUCAUUGUGAGCUUGGCAUUUGCAGGCCAUUGUGGUAAACCACGAACAAUGCAUAAAACCGCGUUGGGGUAUACGCGCCAUGUUCAACGUUCGAAGUUUACCUCGGAUAUGGAUAGACGCGUUCCGCUUCGUACGAACGUAUAGCUUUAUCCGCUGUGUACAUUGGCCACGAUACCGCCACUAAAAUAUGGAAAACCCUGUUUGGUUUGUCGGUGAAUCCGCGUGGAACUGCAUUAUUCAUCGUACCAGCCCCAUAUCAAACAUUGCCAGAUGAAAAAGUUCACCUUCGGAGCGUACGACCGUCGCGACGAGCCAACGCAGGUUUCAGUUUCCGGAAAAUAUGUCUACCCUGCACCGUGUUGAUUUGUGCGACGCAGUUACUGCGAAAAAAAGAGAAAACCCCAUAAAGACCGGAGCAGAGAACCCAUAUCGAGUGAGGGAAGGGUGUAGAUGAAAUGGUUGAAAGACGCCACGUGACGUCACAUUUCUUUUUUUCCCUUUUUUCAACCCCUCGAGUUCAUACAGCGCUGUUUUAUCGCGCCAUAAAGAACUCGAAUGCGAACCUAUGUUAUACCCAUAUAACUACCAGAUACAUUUCUGGCACGGGAAAAGGAUGGGAUCCUCAAACCCCCCCCCCCCCUGACUUCCGUGCGAUUUGAUUCGUCGCCCUCCUUUACCCGUUCAUUUUCGGGAGACGAUAUCGGCACCGGAUUCCACGAUUAGAAGUGCGGCGAGAAUUUGCUCCAAGAUCCGGACGUAUAAUUUGACCUCGGCGACGAGCCCCCGGGAUACCAGACUUCGGAUGCAUCUACGCCUAUUCGUUUGUGUAUCUGCCGUAUAUUUGUAUUUAUGUAUCAUGGCUGAGGUAGACGGGAGAAACGCGACGGCCUUUGACUCGCGAUCGGGGGACAGAUGUCCGGGUACGGGGUGCACUGGGUGAAACGCGACGGGUUUUGGAUCGAGUAACUACGGGUGACGUUGCUCGAGAGGAGGCGACGGGACGCCGGGACAGAGGGGGGAAAAAAAGGAGGAGGAGGAGAGGGGCAGGUGAACCCCCGACGCGUGCCGGCCAACCAACCCCCCGCUGCGAUGCCAUUCAAGACAAUAAUUUACUUGAAGAAUGGCGGCGGAGGCCACUGCGAGGAAGACCCGGUCGCAAAAUGGUAUAGCCGGAACGUUCGAAAUUCAUUUCUUUUCAUUCAUUGUAUCCAAUUUGUUU